CGCGUCAGUAGCAGUAGGUCGCGGACAACACUUGUGCCUUCUGAGCCUGAAGAAGAUUAUCAACAAUCGUGCAGGUUUGUUCAGCAUAAAAAAUGCCAAGAAGAUCUCGAGAUGCCGGUGAAGACGGAUGUCGUCCAGUGGUAAAACGAGGACGAUACAGUUUUCGAAUGACCAGAUCCCGUGCAAAAAGGCAGAGCAGGCUUUCCAAGGAAACCGAAGGAAGGGUCAAAACUCUGUCCGAUGAUGAUUUUAAGGCAAAAUUCAAGGUUUUAGAGGUGGAGGAAAAACCGGGUGCUUCUCUUAAGGUCAUGUCAAUGGACGUCCACUUUCUCCAAAAUCGCAAGGAGCACCACACCAAGGAAUAUGAUCAGCUAGACUUGAUCCUUAGGCGUGGUCAAGCAUUCAAAAUGACCAUUGCAUUCGACCGUGAGAUUGACCAGACUUAUGAUCAAGUGGUUCUUCAGGUUGCUUACGGUGACCAACCGAAGGAGAGCAAAGGAACCCUAGUCCGAAUCCCAGUUGUUUUGGCAAAGAACAAGAACUCCUCCGAUAUGUCCGACUGUUGGAAUGUCUCCACUGUUGACCUCAGUGAAAAAUCUGUGACCCUGGCCUUGACCUCUCCUCCGGAUGCUUGUAUUGGAAAGUACAGCCUUUUUGUGGAGAGUGACUUGAAGGAUCAAGAUGUGGUGAAACGAUAUAAAUAUGAGGAUGGAAUCAUCAUCAUCUUCAACCCAUGGUGCAAAGAUGACACUGUUUACAUGGAGGAUCCAAAAUGGAGAAAGGAAUAUGUCCUCAAUGAAACUGGAAAUGUUUGGGUCGGAAGUUACUACAAUAAUCGUGGGCGACCCUGGAAUUUUGGACAGUUCUCCGAACCGUGCCUGGAAGCUGCGUUAUACCUGUUGGACAGGGGGGAGUUGGCCGACUCCGGUAGAAAUAGUCCCGUGUCUAUCGUCAGGAUCAUUUCCUCUAUGGCUAACAGUAUGGAUGAGCCAGGCGGUGUGUUAGAAGGCAGGUGGACAAGUGAAUACCCUGAGGGAUGUACCCGCCCCUGGGUAUGGACAGGAAGUGUUGGUAUACUGAAGAAGUUUAUGGAAACUGACCAAUCAGUCCAGUAUGGGCAGUGUUGGGUGUUCUCCUGUCUGGUGACCACAUUAUUGCGGUCCUUGGGUAUACCGACCAGGUCAGUGACGAACUUCGAGUCUGCCCAUGACACAGAUUGCAGUAUGACAAUCGAUUACCAUUAUGAUGAGGAUGGUAAUCCAGACGACUACUUAAAUGACUCUAAGUGGAAUUUCCAUGUGUGGAAUGAGUCUUGGUUCAAGCGCCGUGAUCUGCCGUCUGGUUACGAUGGAUGGCAGGCACAUGAUGCCACGCCCCAAGAAAGCAGUGAAGGGGUGAUGAGGUGUGGUCCUGCUCCCUUGAAAGCCAUUAAGGAGGGACACGUAUAUCUCAAUUACGAUGUCGGCUUCAUCUUCUCGGAGGUCAAUGGAGACAAGGUCAAUUGGAAGAUACAUAAGAACGGGAAUAUGGAGGUGAUCGGUAUCGACACCUACGCUGUGGGUAAGAAUAUCAGCACCAAAGCUAUCGGCUCUGAAAUGAGGGAGGACCUCACACUACAGUACAAGUAUCCUGAGGGAUCGAAAGAGGAACGAAAGGUCGUCACAUUUGUACAACAGUUUGGAUCCAAGCGAAAGAAAAAUAUUUACAAUAUGGAUUCCAUUAGAGAGGUUGUCAUGGAUCAUUUCCUUCCAAAUGAAACCUUGAUUGGGGAUGAUGCUGAGAUCAAAGUCGACAUAAAAAACAAAUCAGAGGAUGAAGUUGUGUUGGAUGUGCGUAUGUCUGUAGCAAACGCAUACUACACUGGCAUUGCAGGUUUCAAGGUUAAAACUGAAACAAUGCAUUGUGUCAUACCAGGCGACCAGGUGAAAACUGUCACCAUGCAGAUAACGGGUGCGGAAUAUGAGAAAAGGAUGAACCCAGAAGGGAGGUUUCAGCUCUGUGUACACGCCAAGAAUGUCAAGAAUGGGCGCCUGUAUGUACUGUCUGACGUCUUUAUGUUGGCUAUCCCGGACCUCAUUGUUGAUAUCCCAGCUGUAUCUCCGUACCUAACCGACACUGAUGGAAAGGUGGAAUUCAAAAACACGACAAAGCUCACUCUUACAAAUGGCAUGUUUUCCUGCGAUGCUGGGAAUGGACUCGUACAAGAAGGGUUUGAAGUCCCUAUCAAGAAAUCCAUCGCUCCUGGAGAAUCUGUGGUAGAGAAGUUUAUCAUUCAUCCUACUAAACGCUAUCACCGUCGACGACGUCUCCACGUCAAAUUCAACUGUGACCAGAUUGUCGAUGUGGAGGGCUCAGCUUACACGAAGAUUGUGAACACUCCUCCAAAGGAUGAUGAUGAAACUGACAGCAGCGAUGAUGAGGAUUAGAAGGCCUGAUAUGGACACCUCAGAAUCCUAGAUCACUGAUGUUUCAUCAGACUAUGAGAAUCUCAGUUUUAAAAAAAAAACAGAUUUUGUUAAAAAUACAUUGUAUACUCAUUUAAACUUUUUUUGUUGUAUUUUCGUCAUUUCUUCGGUUAACCAGAGACAAAGUCUCAUGUGACGUAUUAUGAUUGGUGUUCUCCCAGCUACUUCGUGAAAGUUAUAUGUAAUGGUAGGUAUAUACUGAUACUUUAUAAACAGGAAACGAGAGACAAUAACAUGUGUAAUGGAGAGAUAGAGACAUGGACAGAUCGAGAAAUGUAGAGAUGAAGAAAUGUAGAGAUGGAGAAAUAGAGAGAUGGAAAGAUGAAGAAAUGGAGAGAGAUGGAAAAUGUAGAAAUGUAAAGAUGAAGAAAUGCAGAUGAAGAAAUGCAGAGAUGAAGAAAUGCAGAGAUGGCAAAUGUAGGCAUGUAGAGAUGGAGGGAUGGAGAAAUUUGAGAAAAAUUAAAGUCAUUAAUUAUUUGACAGUAGGGACAUUAUCUUUAACAAACUAAUCUUUGCAUUUUCAUAAUUGAUGAUUUUUUUCCCCUUGAGUAAUAAGGAUAAUUUUUUUUCUUUCCGAUUGUUUAAGAGUUGUCUCCCAUCUAUAUCACAUUAGAAAAGCAAUAUGGCGGUCAUAAAACCUUGACCAUCGGUCUCGUUUCGGCUAAAUAACCACGAGAACCGACAGAUAUGUACAUUGGUAUUGUGAAGUGGUUGUUUUUGUGUCAGUGUGUUUUUUGUCCAUAUUCCUAUAUAAUCAACUGACCUAUGCACUUUAAGUGAAGGUUUUGAAGAAGCAAGAAUACAUGUCAUUAUUCUGUAAUGAUGUAUUACAGAUCUCAUAUAUAUUGGCAGCUAAAUAUUACUCAACAGUGUGAGAGAUUAGAACAUUACUGAUUCGCAGAUUGACGAAGUUAUAAAUGUAGUACAACUGUGACAAAACAAUAGUGUUGAUAAGGACGAAUAUUCUGUGAGCCAUUGUUGAGAUGUAUCAUUGUACCUCACGGCAUGAAUGACGUACCACAGCAUCUAGAAUAGUCAUUAUACCAUGUUAACAUAACGUAUGUGAGGAAAUGUCAUCAUUCCGUUUCAGUGUUUGGAAUCAUGAAAUGAAAUAUAUUUUUGACAUUGUAGUUAACAGAAAUGACUGUGAUCUUGUUAUCAAUAUUUCUAUAAAUAAAGUCUCUUUGAAAAUUAUA